AUGCUUGCUGCACGAAGAGCGCUCACUUCGUGCUUCGAUGGCCUUCUGGACAUGCUGCAGGAUGUGCCUAGUUCACUGAAGUGGGCGAACUCGCUGGGAGGUGCCUUGGUCCCUGUCACAGAAUCAGAGCAUAUUCCGCUCACGGUGAAGUCAGGGAGCCCUCCCUCGGAUCUGGUUGGCGCUUAUAUGCGGGUCGGCCCCAAUGCCCAGUAUUGGCCACCGAAGAAGCGCACCCAUGCGUUUGACGGAGAUGGCAUGGUCCAUUCAGUUCGUGUGGCCGAGGGCAAGGCAACAUAUCACUGCAGGUUUAUGGAGACAGACCGAUACCUCUUCGAGAAGUAUUAUGGCAAGGAAUGGUUCACGCGGAUCGGAGAAUUCCAUGGUUUCGCGGGCCUCCUCAAAAUCUUGACCAUGGUCCCCAAAAAGAUGAAGCUCACGGAUCUGAAGCCAGGGUUCAAUGCGUCCACAGCGAAUACAGCCAUAGGAUUCACUCCGGAGGGAAAGCUGUGGGCGCUCAAUGAGGGGGGUGCCCCAUUCCAAUUUGCGCUGGAUGAGGCUGGCGUUCCCCGGAGCCUAGGAUUCGACAAUUUGGGAGGAACGCUCCAGGUAUCCAUUUCGGCACAUCCCAAGUUCGACAUGCGAACCGGCGAGACGUUCUUUCACGGGCGAAAUCUGUCGCAGAACCAGUUCUGGGCGGGCCGCAUAUGCAACGGUAAGUUGAUUGACCAGCUGGAUGUGGAUAUGAAAGUACAGGGAUUCCACCACGACAUGUUCAUCACAGAGAACUACAUGGUCCUUGUGGAUGGCUCUACGCGCUUCACUCCGAAAGGAAUCGUGAAAGGACUGCCGCUCUGGAACUUCGACCAGGAGAGGAACUUGCGCUUCGCCGUUCAUCCGCGUUCUGAGAAGCUGUCUGAAGAGAACAUGGUCUGGAUAGAAGCUGAUGAAGCGGCUGAGAUAGUGCACACCUGCUAUGCUUACGACGAAGACGGGAAGAUCAUCUUGUGGUCACCUGUUGAGUUCCACGAGGAAGGCGCUGUGGAUGGCAUUUUGGGAGGUCUAGGUCCUGGAAAGAUGCAUCGGACUGUCAUUGACCUCUCCACGAAGAAGGUCAAGAUUGAAAAGGUGGAAGGAGCGGACCAGCAUAUGACCGAAUUCCCUCGCAUUCGCGACGAUCGGAUUGGCAAGAGAGUGCGCCAUGGUUUCUCUGCUCUGCAGAAGCCUGGAUGUGACUUCAAUUUCCGUGGCAUCCUGAAGUGGGACUUUGAGCAAUGCAAGUUGGAUGGUGUGAUUCAAUAUCCUGAUGGGGUUGUGGGCGGCGAGCCCAUCUUUGCACCUCGCAAUGGUACAGGUGAAGAGGACGAUGGUUACCUGGUGGCCUUGUUGUUCAAUGAGAAGACGCAGGAGUCCACAUUUGCGGUUUAUGAUGCCAAGACCUUCUCGUCAACGCCUGUCGUGGAAUACUUGGUUCCACGACGGGUGCCAUUGGGCUUCCAUGCCAUCUGGAUCUCUGAAGCACAGUUUCAGAAGCAGCUCCAGACGCUACCCGGGCAGUGA